GAGCCCACAGAGCCUUUGCCCGGCGGGGUGCAGCAUGGUGGAGGUGACGGUGACGCCGCGGUCCUCGCUGGCUGACCGGCCGGUGCAGCUCCGGGUGCGGGGCCUGUCCCCGUCCCAGCUGGUCACCCUGCGCGCGUGGCUCAAGGACGAGCAGGGCGAGCGCUUCCAGUCCCGCGCCUUCUUCCGCGCCGACGGAUCCGGAGAGGUGGAUCCCGGGAGCCAGGCCGCGCUGGGGGGCAGCUACUCCGGCGUGUGGCCCAUGGGGCUCUUCUGGUUCCUGCAGCCCGACACGCUUUUCCGCUGGCUGGUGAAGCGGGAUGUGGCCGGGAGCCCCUUCCUGGUGCGGCUGGAAGUGUUCGAUGGGGUCCAGCUGGGUGCGGAGCCGCAGGAGCGGCUGCUGGGAUGGUGCGAGGCCGAGCGGUGGUACGUGGGGCCCGGAGUGCAGCGGGUGCCCGUCCGCCAGGGAAGGGUCCGAGGGGCCCUGUUCCUGCCUCCUGGUCCAGGACCCUUCCCGGGGGUGAUUGACAUGUUUGGAGGCGCCGGGGGGCUGAUCGAUUUCCGGGCAGGACUCCUGGCCAGCCGGGGCUUUGCCGUGCUGGCCCUCGCCUUCUUCGCCUACGAUGACCUGCCCCAAGUCCUGUCCCAGUUUGACCUGGAAUACUUCGAGGAGGCGGCGGAUUUCCUCCUCCGGCAUCCCAAGGUGCGAGGCCCUGGCCUGGGCGUGGUGGGCGUCUCCAAGGGCGCGGAGGUGGCCCUGGCCCUGGCCAGCUUCCUGCCGCAGGUGGUGGCCACGGUGUGGAUCAAUGGCACGGCCUUUCUCCACGGCACCCCGCUGGUCUACAAGGACCUGCGCAUCCCACCCAUCCCCUACCGCGUGGAGCGCGUCCUCCUCACCGAGGCGGGAGCCUUGGACAACUCCGCCGUCUUCGCCGACCCCCGCGACCCCGCCUACCGCGCCUCGGCCAUCCCAGUGGAGAAUGUCCGCGGGAAGGUGCUGUUCGUGGUGGGAGAGGCCGACCGGAGCUUCAACAGCAAGCUGUUCGCCCAGCUGGCCCUGGCGCGGAUGCCCCCGGAGAGCGGGCGGAUCCUGUCGUAUCCCGGCGCCGGGCACCUCAUCGAGCCGCCCGGCUCCCCCCUGUGCAGCGUCUCCUGCAUCCGCAGCUCCCCCCGGCCCGUGGUGUGGGGGGGGGAGCCCCAGCCCCACGCCCGCGCCCAGGAACACUCCUGGCACGAGAUCGUCCGGUUCCUGGAGCAGCAGCUGGGCCCAGCCGCCACCACGAAACUGUGAGGGAGCGGGAGAGGGGGUCGGGAAUACCGGGAUU